AAGACCCCGGGGUUCAGACUGGGGCUUGGACGCCGCCGCGGGCAGCAGAUGAUCGAUGCGCCUGUGGAGCUGGCUCCUUGCUCUCAGCACUCUUGUGCCACGAGUGGCCCCAUGGGUGCUCGUCUCCAAAGAAGGAGAUAUCACCCUUCUGGGUCCAUUAGACUUGGACCCGUCCUACAACCAGGCGCCGAGAGUGACGCUCAGGUCGUCAGGUGUGAGACUAUGGGACAUCAUCGUCCAGGAUCUCUACGGUGGCAAUGCCCUGGUGUUCCAAACGCCUUCCGGCAGCAAAGUCGCGUUCACACCGGAUGACGAGACCUUUUUCAAUACCACCCUCUCUGUGCUGAGAGAGGUCAAAUUAGGGGGGUCGCUGUCCGUCUUCGACACGGUGAACAUGGGGGGCCGGGUGUCCAUCUUCUCAGCGACCAGCUUGGGUGGAACGCUCUCCGUGUACAACCAAGUGAACCUCGGCAGCGUCCUCUCUGUUUUUGGUCACACCAACUUUGCAUCCACAGCCUCUAUCAGAGAUCAUGUGCAACUCGGUAGUUCGAUCAACAUCCAGGGGGAUGCCGUCUUUUUAGGCGCCGUCUUCUCGGUCCAAAACCACGGCAACUUCGGGAGCUCCUUGAGCGUGGCCUCCUUCGCUCGACUCGGCUUCACCACGCCUGUUUUCGGCGUGGCUUGAACUGGUAGCGCGUCCUCCGUUAAGGACUUUACUCUCCUGGGAAGCUCGUCGUCCGUGGCGUCGUUCGCACGCCCGGGAUUUUCGACGUUGCUCUUCGAGCAAGCCCG